GUCGGUCAGAGGGCUGACCUCUAACCACUGAGAAACCAAGCAGCGCCAUAUUUUCGUCGUUGAACCACUGUCCCUGUAAAGUCCACAUUGCUGCUGCUUGCCGAGGGCUUAUACAGCGUGUCAGACGUAACUGUGUGGGAGCACUUUGGGCCUAAAGAGAGAGGCACGGCAAGAAUCCGAGCCCAGAAAUAGGGUCAGAGGGACGGAUGCCUUUGACCCUGACGGAGCCAGACCCCCUUGACGUGUGCCUUCUCUCCCAGGUACACCACAGCACCUCAAGCAUUCACCGGACCCAAGGCAGCGGAUUCUGGGACAAGGAAGGGCCUCCUUAGAAGGGCACUGAACUUGGGACCCACCUGAACACAGUGUGACCUCAUCGUAACAGCCUAUGUCUGCACAGGCCCGUUUCCAAAUAAGGCCGCAUUCCGAGGGUCUGGGCAGACAGGAACUUCUGGAGGACACCUUUCAACGCAGAGUAGGCAGCGGCUGGAAGAAAGACGCGCAUGCGUCUCCUGCAGCCUGUCUCACCGACCGGCAGUGAAGAAGCCAGAGCUCGCGGGAUAAAUCACAGGCUUGAUCCAGGCCGAGGAUCCAGAGCCCCGGCUGGCGCGCCUCCUCCAAGGCGGGAGGUCUCACCCAUUCGUGGGAACACGCCCGGAAGUUUCCCCGGGAGUGAGAGCAGGCCCUGCAGAUACUCGCUCGCUCAGGCCAUUCAGCAGGACCCCCACUUCCGGGCUCUGUUCAACUUCUCCCAGCCAGUGCUGCUGGCCGCGGGCCUCUUCUCCCAGGAGCUCUGGGACAGCCUGAGCCAGCGCCGAGCCCCCUACGGCUGGCAGGGGUUCCCCCGCCAAGACAUCGCCUCCACCCUGAGCCUUCUGAACAGCUCAGACAGCGCCCAGCUCUUAGGCUCCAGGGAGCCGCGCAGGGACUGCAUCCGGUGCGCCGUGGUGGGUAACGGAGGCAUCCUGAACGGCUCCCGCCAGGGUCCCAACAUUGAUGCCCACGACUACGUGUUCAGACUCAAUGGUGCUGUGAUCAAAGGCUUCGAGAAGGAUGUGGGCACCAAGACCUCCUUCUACGGUUUCACUGUGAACACGAUGAAGAACUCGCUCAUCGCCUACAGAACAGCGGGCUUCACCUCCGUGCCGCGAGGACAGGACCUGCGCUACAUCUUCAUCCCCUCAGACCUCCGUGACUAUGUGAUGCUGAGAUCGGCCAUUCUGGGUGUGCGUGUCCCCAGUGGCAUCGAUAAAGGUGACAGGCCUCAGACCUAUUUCGGACCAGAAGCCUCUGCCAGCAAAUUCAAGCUACUCCAUCCAGCCUUCAUCAGCUACCUGACGGAGAGGCCCUUCCUCGGCUAUUUGCUUGGCGGAUAUUUUCUCCCAGUCUUUCCAAGAAUUUUGACCGAGUCCAAUGAAUCCAUUUUCCCUCUUAUGGUUAGUGCUUCCUGUCGUCUGUGGAGGGGCCUUUCCUUUCUCUGUUGAGCCGCCUUCGUGGCAUCUGCGUUGGGACCUGCUGAUCCGUGUGCACGUCCUUGGGAACGCCACGCUGUCCGAGCUCUGAGCUCGUCUCCUCCCCUUGGAGAGGCCCGUGGCUGCGUGGCUGUCUGGGGCGGGUCCCCGUCCUGGCUGCUGCCUGUGGUCGACAGCGCGUUUCUUACAUUCCGCCGAGUAUUCUGCUGGUCUGUGCCAGGACGUCUGAAUUCAUCGUGUACCCACAGGAGCUGGCACACGGGCACUCCGGAACGCUCGCCGAGUAGGCGAGUCUGUCAGCGCCUCCGGAGGCGGCCCACGGUGUCUCUGUGGAUUGGGAGGCUCUGUGGGCCCCAGAGGGCCACCCUCCCUUCAUCUUCCUGGACAGGGGUUUCCCCGAGGAUGGGCGUUAGUCCUGACGUCCCCAGCACGGCCCACCCGGGCUCCACACAUGCUCCUGAGAUGGGGACAUUACGGUCCAGAGCAGGCAGGGUCACAAGACCAGCCAGCUGCGGAGCGGGCAGCACUGGGCCUCCUCUGUGGGGACCUUGCCCCUGUACUAACUGGAGGGCAGGCACUGCCUCCUGCAUCACCGGGUCACUCCCAGCGCCCAGCACACGCCCCACAAUGCGCACCAGAGGCUCCUAAUACGCUGUCUAAGUAAAUGCCCAGUGGAAUAGA